AUCCACUACAAAGGUUACACUUCCGUUUUUCAGCGAAGGACGUGUACACAAAUGGAUGAUGCUGAGGAGCCCGACGCAGCAUCCACUUGACCCUCUGUGUUGAAUUGUUUGUGUAUUUUUGUUGCCUUUUAAGUACAUUUCCCUGCAAAAGCAACCGUGCGGCUGUAACAAUGUCGAUGUCAACAUUUCAAAAGGUUACGCUCGUGUCUUGUCUCGUGCUCUGCGUUGCUCUUCUGCUUCCGAAAAUGCUGCUAGGCGGAGGGAAGAAGGGUGCACAGACCGAGGGUUCAGGACGGUUUCCUCCCAUGGUGCACCGGCAGAUGGCUCCGGACAGUCAGGGCCAGAGGGCUGCUGGGUCCACCAGGGCACACAACACCGAGGCUAUCGCCAGGGCUAAGGGGGGUGGGGGCACAGGGGUAGGGACCGGGGGCAAGUCCAACCUGGCAGGGCAGAUCAUCCCCAUCUACGGCUUUGCGAUCCUUCUUUACAUCCUCUACAUCCUGUUUAAGAUAACCUCAAAGGGGAAGUGCGCCGUACCUGCUGAACCCAGAUUUCCCUCAGUGAGAGCAGAGAACCGGAAGAGAAAGAUCACGGACUUUGAGCUGACUCAGCUGCAGGAUAAGCUGAGGGAGACAGAGAUGGUGAUGGAGAGGAUUGUGUCCAAAGCCAGCCACAGUCCUGAAAGGGUGACAGGGGUGAGUGCCGACCAGGAGGAGAGACUGCUUCUCCAGCUGAGAGAGAUCACACGGGUGAUGCAGGAGGGCCGCCUGGUGGAGGGGGUCGCCCCCGCAGAGAUGGGGGCACAACACUGGGAAGGUUUCCCAGAGGAUCCCCAUCCAUGCUGGGAAGAGCCCUUCUGUGGAUACGACCAUACCCAGGCAACCAGCACCGAAGAGCAGCCAGAGAGGACCGACGAGUGUGGGGCUGACCAGGAGUGUGGGGCUGACCAGGAGGGUGGGGCUUACCAGAAGGAGAGUGGGGCUUACCAGAAGGAGGGUGGGGACUAUCCGGAGGCAGGUAGGGCUGACCAGGAUAAGGGUGGGUCUGACCAGGAAGAGGGUGUGGCAAACGAGGAGGAGAGUGGGGUUGACCAGGAAGAAGGCAGGGCUGACCAGAAAGACAUUGGGCUUAACCAGGAAGAGAGCAUAGUUGACCAGGAGGUGGUUGGGGUUGACCAGGAAGAGGGCAGGGCUGACCAGAAAGAAGGUGGGCUUGACCAGGAAGAAAGCAUAGUUGACCAGGAGGUGGUUAGGGUUGACCAAGAGGAGGGCAGGGCUGACCAGGAAAAGGGUGCUGCUGAGGAUGAUGUAGGUGUAGCUGAGGCAGGGGCUGAUUUGAAUACUGAUGAGGGAGAUGCUGAUUUGGCCACUGGGAAUGAGGAAUGUGGGGCUAAGUGUGAUGUGGGUGGGACUGAGGUGGAGAAAGAAGGAAUGGACAGGGAGGGGGGUGGGGCCAAUGACAAGCUGGGUCUGGCUGAUGAAGACAGGGGUGGUGCAGAGGAGGAGCAAGGGAAGGAGCUUGAGUUUACACUGAAGAUGCCCACCAUGUUGGAGCGAGAGGAAAAGGACGGUGUUAACCUGUCAACGGAGGUGUCAACUAGCCGCUCUCGUGUUAGAAGGAAAAGGAACAAGAAGCAGAAGAAAUGACCAAAAGGAAACAGAGUUGAUUGACUUCCCCUAAAUUCCUUCCUAUAAUUGGGAAAGUAGAGUGCGCCCCACAAACUUGAGUCUGGCUAUGCCCGUCUAGCAACAUUUCUUCCUAGCCUCCAAACAGGAUGGGCCAUAGCAUGAAGGUUAGCAGUAGCCAGUCUAUAAACAUAGGAUCAAAAGCUCCAACCGAGAAAGAUGGUAUCUCUUCCUCUCUUGCUAAGUGACAGUCUGAAGCAGAAGUCAUACCCACAGUAUUGUACCAAUGCCUUGUUCAGAUGUCCACUAUCGCAUAAUAGCUUUGGCACAAUGCGCAUUACAGUGAACUGAAUGAUUUGGAAGGCACUGUGCUACUGUCUUGAUUCACGUCUGGGCUUGAGAGGAUGCUUUUUGUCCUCUUAGUGCAAUAAACCAUAAUUAGAAUACAUGGGAAUGAUCUUAUUUCAUGGGUAUAAGUUAUUGAAAAAGCAUUCACUUUUAUACACUAUUUAUUUAUUCACUACUGAUUACUAUAUACCUGUAUGUCAGCGUUACAAAAAAAAUAACUACUGUGGAAUCUCACAAAUAAAAUAUUCUGGUUUGACAACAA